CGAGAUAUAUUGUCACAAUCUUAGCACAGAAACCAGACACUGCUUCUGUGGUGGCUAACAGUGGCUGCCUCGAUAUCGAAGAUUAUGCCCAUCAACGUCUUCUUCGCAACUCUGCUUGUCGGGCUUUGUUGUGCGUCUUUACAGCCAACCAUCAAACAAGACACAGAGAAGAAUGGAAUGACAUUGUCCUUCCCAAAUGUGCCUGGUGUUGAUACGAUAGAACUGUCGUACGCUCUCCGUCUUGUGAAGCAACAGGCUCAUUUACCUCACUUGACCAACACCGUCAGACUGCAUAAACAAGCUGAUGGAUAUUUCACCUACCGGAUUCAAAGCAAGAGGGAAUUCACUGACAAUGAUGUGCUGGAAUAUUCAGUAAAAUAUUUAUCUGCAACCGGAGAUGUUCUUCAUCAACUUAAUGAUGUAUACAUCAUCCCACCGGCAUCAUCGCUCAGCCCUCGACUGUACAGACGCGGAACAACCGUCCUGUUAGACGAAUUCCACCAUCAUUAUGUUGACAGCAAAAAUUGGAAACAUGAAGUCACUUGCCGGGGAACCGGGGGCGGGCAGUUCCAAAUGUUCACACCAGAACCGGCAAACAGCUACACCAAAAACGGCCUUCUCUACAUCAAACCGACGUUUACGGUCGACAAAUUUGGAGAAAGCUUUCUUCACAAUGGUGUUCUGGAUGUUCGCAAGCAAUGGGGAACGUGUACAUACAUCAGUGACGACGGAUGCUACCGUACUGGAGCCAAAAAUGGAAUUGCACCUAUCAUGUCGGCAAAACUCUAUUCAAAAGCUUCCAUCACCUAUGGGAGGGUAGAAGUUGUUGCCAAACUACCUAAAGGGGAUUGGUUAAAACCAGCAUUGUGA